AUGGGCACUCUGCUGGGACAUCCUCAGUGUCUGUAUUAUGGGCUGCCUUUCCAGCCCCCUUUGCCCUUGGAGUUCUGCUCUACCUAUGAAAACUUUAGCUGCUGUGACCAGGAGAGAGACAACAGUAUUGCAGCAAAAUACUGGGACAUCAUAGAUUACAUGGAUCCCCACGGGCAUAAACUGUGUGGAACAUACAUCAAAGAUAUCCUGUGUCAGGAAUGUUCUCCAUAUGCUGCACAUCUCUAUGAUGCAGAAAACCCACAGACCCCGCUGAGAAGCCUCCCAGGACUUUGUAUUGACUACUGCUCUGAGUUUCACCUCCACUGCUACUCUGCCAUCUGCCUGCUGACUGGUGACAAGCACAUCCAGGAGUGCUGCAAGACGAACAGGACCCACUUCUGCAGCCUCCUGCAGCUCCAGGAUGAGGACUACUGUUUCCCCCAGGUGCUGCAGAACUCGUCCCUGAGCUGCAGCCUGGGCUUGGUGCUGGAGGAGUGUGGGGGCUGUGUCCAGCUGUGCCUGGCUGAGGUUGCCAGUGGCCUGAGGAACCCAGUGCUGAUUGCCUGCACUGCUGACGGGACCCACUGCGUCUUCAUAGCCGAGCAGCUGGGCCUUGUCUGGGUGUACCUACCCAAUGGCAGCUGGCUGGAGGAGCCAUUCCUGGAUAUUCAGAGCCUAGUGCUGGCUACCCCAUGGCUAGGGGAUAAGAGGGGCUUCCACCCCAAGCAGAAGGACAAUGGGGAGUUUUAUAUCUGUUACUCACACAUGGCUAAGAACUGAGUGGAAAAGAUCAGGAUCAGUGAAUUGAAGGUUUUGGCAUCUGAUGCCAACAAAAUUGACCCAAGCUCUGAAAGGCUUCUCCUGGAGCUUGAGGAAACAGCUGCAAAUCACAAUGGUGGGCAGCUGCUCUUUGGUGUGGAUGGCUAUUUGUAUGUAUUCACAGGAGAUGGAGGGAAAGCUGGAGACCCUUUUGGAAAAUUUGGGAAUGCUCAGAACAAGAGCACUUUGUUGGGGAAAGUGUUGAGGAUUGAUGUGGAUGGAAGAAACCCUGAUGGAAAGCCUAACCGCAUCCCUCCUGAUAAUCCAUUCAUGUCUGAUCCCAAAGCCUGCCCAGAGGUUUAUGCCUAUGGAGUCAGGAAAUGGUGCUGUGCAGUGGACAGAGGGGACCCUAUCACAAAAAAGGGAAGAGGGAGGAUAUUCUGUGGGGAUGUUGGGUAGAACAGGUUUGAGGAAAUCAACCUCAACCUCAUUGUUAAAGGAGGGAACUAUAGCUGGAGAGCAAAGGAGGGAUUUGAAUGCUAUGACACAAAGCUUUGCCACAACUCCUCCAUGGAUGACAUUCUGCCAAUAUUUGCAUAUGGCUGCAGUGUGGGCAAGUCAGUUCCUGGAGGCUUUGUCUACAGGGGAUGUGAAUCACCCAACUUGAAUGGCCUUUAUAUUUUUGGUGAUUUCCUGAGCAAUCAACUUAUGGCUUUACAGGAAGAUAAGACAAAUAAGUGGAAGAAGCAGGAUAUCUGUGUUGGCAGUACAACAGCUUGUGCUUUCCCUGGAAUGAUCAGUUCCUACAGCAAAUUCAUCAUCUCCUUUGCUGAGGAUGAAGCAGGUGGUGAACUGUAUUUUAUGUCUACUUCUUAUCCCAGUGCCUAUACACCACGUGGAUCGCUCUACAAGCUCAUCGAUCCUGCAAGGAGAGCUCCACCAGGGAAGUGUAAAUACAAGCCUGUUCCAAUGAAAACAAAGAGCAAACGGAUACCAUUUCUUCCAUGA